UCAACAAGCCCCCAGCCUUGAAAACACUUUAUCUUUCAAGCAGCUGUGGGUCAAGUUCGGAUUCGGUGCGGUCAGUAUUUAUCUUCUCUGCACCUUCGCACUAUGGCAGCAAUAUUAUCGAGGGGGUCGCUCAAUUUCUGUAAAUCAGUCCUUCAUUUUAGUCGCCCCCAAAGAUAUGUUGCAAACAGUCCAGCUAGCCUUUACGAUCAACAACCCUAUCGCUUUAUACCAUUUCCCUCGUACAACCUUUUUCGGCCCUUCAGCAUCUCCUCCCAGCGAUACGAUUCUAGGACCAAGGUGAAUAUUGAGACACUAGGUGGGGAGUCCGUGAACGGAGCAACAUUACAAUCCUUCUACCGCAAAGUGGGCGAUUAUGUGGAACAGCACGAAGUGCUAGCAGUCAUCGAAACCGAUAAAGCUGCACUCGAAGUACAUGCCCCCAAGGCAGGCGUUAUACAACAUGUCUUUGUUGAAGAAGGCGACAUUGUUACCGUCGGUCAAGCUAUUGCUGAGAUUACCGUUGAAUCCGAGCCUGGUAACGCAAGAAAUAAGAGCGCUUCGAGCGAAGGGUCUUGUUAAUGUUAAAGCUUCGAGAGAGAUGCUUUCGUCAGAAAGCAUCUGCCGGCGUCCGAACAUGAUGAAGCACACUUGCGUAUUAUCAGGUCACAAAUAGGCG